AUGGUCAGUGUGUGCCGGAAUUCCGCCAGCUCCUCUGAAGGGGCCAGCAAAUGUGCAGUGUUUGCGGAAGGGAGUUUUAUGUGUCGGAGCAAAGUCAGGAAUGGGAGUUGUACCCCUUUGGGGUUUGGGAAAGCCUGUCCCUUCUACCUCGGUGCAGACGACCGGCCCCGGAACCGCGCCUGCAGCCGGGACCCAGCUCCUGUGCUGGCUGCAGGGUCUCGCUGUGCCUCGCCACUGCCCCCCGCUGCAGCCCACGGGCCGGCCGGCUACUCGGGGCCGUCGCCGGGGCCCUGGCCCAUCUGGCCCCAUCCGGCCCCACCCCGGGCCAGCACCCAGGAGACGGUGGUGCCGCUCGGUCCUGCCGGGCUGUCCUGCUGGACGUGUCCUGCUGGACGUGUCUCAGAUCUCGACCGCUGCCGGACCUUCCGCCUGGAGUCCUGGCCCCGAGGUGCCAAGCUCUUUGAGUGCAGGUGCUUCUGGGCCAUACUCCUCCUGGCCCUGACGGUGUUCCUGCUGGCUGGCUUCCUCCACGUGGACGUCGGGCUGCUCGUGCCCCCCCUCGGGGGCCAGGAUGAGGGGCCCCCCGUGACCAACGUCAUGUUCCUCAAGACGCACGUGCUCAACACCCUCUUCCGCUUCGCCGAGACGCACAACCUGGCGGUGGCGCUGCCGGCCGGCGGCCGCUUCUACCUGGGCUACUCCUGGCUCUUCCUGGCGCGCUACGUGGAGGGAGUUGAGCAGGGCAGCCCCGAGCGGCGCUUCAACAUCAUGUGCGACCACCUGAGGCUCAACCGGAGGGAGGUGCAGAAAGUCAUGCCCAGCGACACCUACUUUUCCAUCCUCAGAAACCCCGUCUUCCAGCUGCAGUCCUCCUUCAUCUACUACAAGGGCUACGUCCCCGCCUUCAGGGGCGUCGCCAGCCUGGAAGACUUCCUGGCGUCGUCGCGGACCUACUACAACCCGAGCCUGGGCUUGCGCCACGCCUACGCCCGGAACAGCAUGUGAUUCGACGUUGGCUUCGAUCACGACGUGCCGCCCGAGGAGGGCUACGUGCGCGCGCGCCUGGCCGACGUGGAGCCGCGCUUCCGGCUGGGGCUCAUCGCGGAGCACUUUGACGAGUCCACGGUGCUGCCGAGGCGCCUGCUGCGCUGGCGGCUGGACGACGUGGUCGCCUGCAGGCUCAGUUUGCGCAGCCCGCGCAGCGUCGCCAGCCUGACGACCGCGGGCCAGGAGCGCGCUAAGCGCUGGCGCGCCCUGGACUGGCGCCUCUAACAGCACUUGGACCGCACCUUCUGGGCCCGGCUGCGCGCAGAGCUGGGCCCGCGGCGGCUGCGCUCCGAGGAGCGGCGGCGGGAGCGGCCGCGCGGGCUGGCGGCCCUGUGCUUGCAGGAUGGCGCGCCCAAGGGCAAGUCGCAGGUCACCGACCGCCGGCUGCGCCCCUGCCAAUCCGGCAGGGCCGACAUCCUGGGCUACAACCUCAGGCCGGGCCUGGACAAGCAAACGCUGCACAUGUGUCAGAGGAUGGUCAUGCCCGGGCUCCAGUACGUGGCCCGCCUGUACACCGUGCAGUUCCCCGACAAGCCCCCCAAGAACGUCCACGUCCUGGAGACCCCUGGGCUUUUAUGUGGGCACGGGCUGCUGGCUGGAGACGUCCUGGGGCCCCUGGAGGGGGCAGAAGUGAUGUGUGCCACAUCUGAGCCACCUCCGUACAGUGGGUGCCACGGUGCCAGCACCACCCCGCCCCGCCUUGCCCUGCCGGUGCCCAGCUCUGCUGUGUGGGAGGAGAUGGUGGCCCAGACACAGGGUCGCAUGGCUGGCGGGACGGUCCUGGAUCCUGACGCAGCCCUGGGGCACGGCCAGCUCCCGGCUCCCGGCCACGGAGUGGGCCCUUGUCUCUGCCUCACCCUGUCUAGUUACCGCUGCGUCUGGCCCUCAGCUGCUCAGACACCUCCGGUUCCUGUCGCAGCCCCUGGACCCCACUGCGCUGGGGGGAGCAAACUCACUGCCAUCCCUGGUGGGGGCUUGGCCAGCCCACCUUUGUGCGAAUCAGAACGGGACCCCCGGCAGGGGGCCGUCGGAUUGCAGACCGUGUGUGCCCCCAAUGCACCCGCACCCGAGGCCCCGCCCCUGUGA